AUGCAAUCACCGGUAUCUGGACAGCUUUCUCCGAUAUUCGACGAUCAGUUUUCUCGGGACCAGCUUCUGAGGGCAGUUCAGAGCCAGAAGUUUUGGAAAUAUCAUGUGAUGAGGCUCAAUCCCUUGGAGUUCUAUAUAACCACCAAUCCUGAUAAUAGACAUAAAUUCAUGAGACGUGGUCCCAGCUACUAUAUUCAGGUUCAACUACCUGAUGCAUCGGAUACAAAGGGUAAGGGUAAACCUGUUUCUCAUACUGCGAAGGGGUUCAGAAUGGUGUUUUCACAGCAACAAUGGAAUUCUACCGCAGCAUCACCAUCGUUUAGUGUAGAGAAAUUGCCCGAGAGCCAGGGAGGCACAUACAUAGCGAAGGGGUUUUUCAACGAGCAUGAAGAUGGAGACAAGGAGAUUCGUAAUAUUGAAGGCAAGGAGCAAUUACAAGCGUUGAAUUGGCAAUUCGAUAGAAUCAGUGCCCCUAUAGAAUAUUAUGGAGAUGAGGUGACAGUCGAGAACGGGUAUAAAAUUGGGUCAGAUCUCAAAGUUUGUACACUCAAACAAAAGAAGAAGAAUUACUUCUUUAAGAACAAGAUCGAUGGAGUUAAGUUGGCCAAAGAGGGAGCCACUUAUUUCAUAGACGAAAAACAAUUGAGAAAGGAUUGCUGGUUCAAUCCUGUAGUGGCAGUUUACAGGCCCUGCAAAAGAGAGAUGACCAGUAAAAUAGUGAAGAAAGUGGUAACGUCUUCGUCGAAACUAUCGAAUUUGACAUCCAAUUCGUCUGUUAAGUUGAGACGCAAUGCCGGCAGUGCGAGCCCAAGAAGUGAAUCUGAUACGGAUGAUGGGGACGACGAUUUCCGAAUGGAGUACACCACUUAUAACGACGAAAAUACUAGAGUGAAGUAUUACAUGUGUAAGGACGGAAUCAAAGAUAGACAUCCAGAGGACGAUUCACCAAACGACUACAAAUUGGGAUGGAUAACCAUAUACGACAAGGAGGGGUAUUUUAAGCAGGAUACUCAAAGGGGAAGUAACUGGGAGGUAGUGUUAGGGAUGACGUUUGCAUAUGGGGUUCAAAGCUCAUUGGAUCGUAUUUUAAGGGAGUCAAGUAUAUAG